AUGAUGAAGCCUGAACACGACGCUACCUUCUCACGCAUGAACAAAAUCGAUGUCUGGGGAUCUUUGGAGGCCGAGGGAAAAAUAUUCAUAAUGAUGAAGCCUCAACACGACGCUACCUUCUCACGCAUGAACAAAAUCGAUGACUGGGGAUCUUUGGAGGCCGAGGGAAAAAUAUUCAUAAUGACGAAGCCUCAACACGAGGCUUCCCCCUCAACCGCCCUCAAAAUCAAUGACUGGGGAUCAUUGGAGGCCGAGGGAAAAAUAUUAAUAAUGAUGAAGCCUGAACACGACGCUACCUUCUCACGCAUGAACAAAAUCGAUGGCUGGGGAUCUUUGGAGGCCGAGGGAAAAAUAUUCAUAAUGAUGAAGCCUCAACACGACGCUACCUUCUCACGCAUGAACAAAAUCGAUGGCUGGGGAUCUUUGGAGGCCGAGGGAAAAAUAUUAAUAAUGAUGAAGCCUCAACACGACGCUACCUUCUCAAUCGCAUGA